UGCCAAUUCAUUUGAAAUCACAAACCCCAUCUCUUCCCUUAUCUUUUCUUCUUCUUCUUCUUCAUCCAUCGCCCAUCUCUCUCUGUUUCUUUUCCUUUCAUUUCCAUCAGAAGAAUCAGAGCAUGGCCAUCACUCUCAGCCUUCCAAAACUUCCCCAUAUAACUCCCAUUUCUUCCUCCAAGCUUUCCCUUCCCUCCAUUCCAACGAAUUUGGCCUUCUCUCAAAACCCCAAAUGCCCAAAAACUUUCUUCAUUCAAAAUCUUCGUAGUCUCAAACCCUAUACUCUUCCUCUCACCGCUCUCACAUUGCCUUUCUUCCUUCAUCCACAGGAUGCUCUUGCUGUUGGAGGGGAGUUUGGGAUUUUGGAGGGGAGGUCAUUUGCUCUCAUACACCCUCUUGUUAUGGGUGCUCUUUUUGUCUAUACUCUCUGGGCUGGCUAUUUGGGCUGGCAAUGGCGGCGAGUCAGGACGAUUCAGAAUGAAAUUAAUGAGCUGAAGAAGCAAGUGGCUCCUGCGGCUGUAACCCCAGAUGGGAAGCCAGUUGAAGCACCGCCAUCUCCCACUGAAUUGAAGAUUCAGCAGCUCACAGAGGAGAGGAAAGAGUUGAUCAAAGGGUCCUUCAGAGAUAGGCAUUUCAAUGCUGGUUCCAUAUUAUUAGGAUUCGGAGUUUUGGAAGCCAUUGGUGGAGGCGUAAAUACAUGGUUUAGAACAGGAAAGCUUUUUCCUGGCCCUCAUUUGUUUGCAGGAGCAGGGAUAACUGUUCUCUGGGCACUGGCAGCUGCUCUUGUACCUGCAAUGCAGAAGGGAAAUGAGACAGCCAGAAAUCUUCACAUUGCCCUGAAUUUUCUGAAUGUUAUACUCUUUAUAUGGCAGAUUCCCACUGGAAUUGACAUUGUCUUCAAAGUUUUUGAAUUCACUACCUGGCCUUGAUUUACUGAUAUUCCAUGUAAACUUCCUUCCCUUUUCCUUAUGGUCUGAGGUCUCUGUCUCUCUCUUCCUCAAGUCUUAAGUACAUGUCUGGACCUUUUCUUUCCACUUCCCAUCUCCUAGUUCUUGCCUCCUGCAAUUCUUCUUCCCUUCAGGUAUGACUUGUUACUCAAAGAACUCGAAGUUGAUAAACAGCUACGUUUCAAUCUAUGUCAUUUUUAACCAUCUCCUGGUAUAGCUGUACGUUUCAACUUGUUCAUUUUUAGAGUCUGCAGUCUCACUGGUACGGAGAAAUGCUGCAGAUUCCAGUACCUAGCCAACAAAUCAAGAAAUAUUGUACUUCCAACUGACGUGAGACUAUGUUUGCAUCUUCAACGCAACUCAAAUCAACCGACUGCCCCUCUAGACGGCCCAAACUAACAAAGGACCAGCCCCAACCCUGCAGUCAGUUGGCUCAAUCAAACUACCACACAGAAGAAAGUACUGUCUAGGGAGCAGAAGCAUCUCCUUCUUCCCUCACUUUUAUCAACAAACAAUGCUUAUUCAGAUUCAGAAGGAAGUCUGUCCAGUAGAGUCACUGUGAUUUCUUCCAUGUUUACAUAUUUCAAAGGGUUAUGAUAUUAGCAAUAAUAGUAAAAUACAAAGAGGAUGCUUUUCUUUCCCUUGUUUUUCACCCUUUUCUUUAUAUCUUAUUUGUGUAAUUGUUCUUUAAGGAAGCAUUUCAGGUUUUUUCUUUCACUAUGAUUGCUUUCUUGUUUCCCUACA